AUGGAUAGCAAUUCACCCAAUCCGCAGCAAAGUGGCAGUGGUCCGAUUCCGAGUGGCAGUAAUGAAAGGGACAUUGCCAACAGAAGAAAUCGUCUAAUGCGCAUAACGCAACGUACGAUUGAUACAGACGAUAGUAGUCGAAGCAGUAGCAGCAGCAGCAACUUUAGCGAUAUGGAAGAUAACAAUAAUGAAGUAGACGAACGAAGCGAACAACAUGAUUUGGCACCAAAUAGCGCAAUUACCGAGCAUGGCCCCAAUGGUGAGGAAUUGCCAGAAGAUGAAGCAGCACGACUGUUCGAAGACUACAUCCGCGAACGCGAAUCUGCUGCGACGGAAAUUUACAACACAGAACUUCCCACGGAACACGCGUACCUUGGCAAGAUGGAGCGAGUGGAAGGGGUGGAUUAUCUGGAACCGGGCAAAACAUACCGCCUCCCAAUAUACAGCCACCAUUCGAUUGUGUAUCCGGGCGAAAUUGUUCCACUUAUGCUGAACGAUUCAAACUUUUACAGCGGAGGUUCGAGCGACUCCUCCGAUGGGCUAAAGUUUGGUUUGGUGUUUCAAAAUCAGUACAGCACUAGCGGACGCGUGUACGGUGUAACGUGUCAGGUGUAUGAGCGUGGUGCUGAAGGAUUGUCGGCUCUCCUAAAAACGGUUGCCCAGCAACGGUUUUACAUCGUACGACAUUCGCAGGAGCGACGGGCGGACGUAAAAAUUCUACCCGAAAUCGUACUACCCGAUCCGCUGAUCAGCUGUUGCUCAAAUGCCAUGGUACGGUACGCAUACAGCAGUCGGAAGGACCGAUUGACGAGCUUUAAGCGGUUGCUGACGCAAACGACGGUUUGGCCCCAGUUCGUGUACGAUCAGUAUGACACGAAGGAGGUGAUGGCAAAGGUUGAACGGUUUCUUUCGUCACUCAACAUUACCAGCGUGCAAACCGAUAAGGUGAAGCUAUCGUUCUGGUUGGCACGAAAUAUUCCGCUGACGGAGGAAUAUCGGAAGAUGAUCUUCUGCACCGAUUCCGUACUGCGUCGUAUGUUGAUCAUCAAUAAGGCGCUCGAUCACAUGUGGUAUUUUAUUUGCAAGCGAUGCGAAAGCGAGAUCGCUAACUAUGAUGAUAUGUUCGCUAUGUCGAAGCAGGGUGUGCAAACAAGCUACUGCAACCCGUCCGGCUACGUGCAUGACACGCUAACCGUCCACAAGACGAAGGAAAACUCGACUCUUCCCGUUGAGCGGCCCUCAACGAACUUUAGCUGGUUUCCGGGCUACUCUUGGCAAAUUAUAGUUUGUGCGAACUGUCGGCAGCAUCUUGGCUGGAAGUUUGUGGCGGAGAAGAAGAACGUUCUACCCAAAAGUUUCUACGGGCUGUCCGGUACGAACAUUACGGUGAAAUCCCACGGCGAUCUGAAGAAGACUGAGGAUGAGUUUGACGUCACCGCUAGAACACCAGCGAGCGAUGAGCAGUUAGAUUACGAAGAACUUUCCGAGUUUGACUCCAGCACUGAUGAGGAGCUGUAUUGA